UCGAAGUUAAGGUGUCGCGCGAAACGCGAAGGAUUUCGUCUUAGCAAAAUGGGUUGUGGGGGUUCGACAAACAGUGAUAAGGGACAAAAUUCUGACGAUGGACAAAAGAAUGUGUCAGCAUUUCACAAACAGCCAAAAGUUAGCAUAAAAGUUGGAGAUGGAGUAAAAAUGUUGGAAAAGAAUCCGCGAGUUGUGUUCGUCUUUGGUGGCCCUGGAACAAAGAAGGGCAGCAUGAUAGACAAUUUAGCCAAUGUAUUUGGCAUGGAGGUCAUAAAUGUGGAAAACGUCAUCAUCUCAAAUCUGGCAAAGAAGGUAGAAAAUCCCGAUCCCGGCAAAAUCGUCAACAUGGUGAAGGAUCUUCUCACGAAAGAAGACCACUUGUUGCGACUAGACAGUGUAUUACGGAUGGUUGGGCGGGCGAUUGGGGAGUGUGACCCUAAUAAGGUGAUCCUCGUGGACCUUAUGCCGAACCUUAAGUGGAUGCUCAACAACAAACACUUCAUCAAGGAGUGUGAGGAGGAGUUCCGACAGUUAGAAGAAAAUUACGCAAUAUCAUUUGUGCUAAACUUUGUGAUACCCAAAGAAAAGGUGCUCAAUAAACUAGAGGUGGAAUGUGCCAAACACCCUACAACGCAGCAGGCAGGCAAAAAACCUGACCAACCAAAACAGUCUGAUGAAGCUGACUCCUCCCGGACACAGAAACGGCUGAUUUUGUACGAAAACAGUAUUCGUCACUUUAUGGGCAUGUUCGAGGCAAGAGACAACAUCGUAUCGGUUGAUGUAUCAAGUGGACGACAGGAUGCAAUCUGGGCCAAACUCUGUGAUUUCUUCGCACAAUAUAACUUUCAAUCUUCCAGAAUUGUGGAAUCAGUUGUAAUUUUUGGUUUUGACGAAACAGAUCUCGAGGAAGUGGCCAUCAGUCGGUACAGUCUCACGGUCAUCAAACUCAAGGAUAUCUUGCAAGACACCGCUGCUCCUGUGGAGCAAGUGAUAGAUCAGCUAUGCCAAUACCUGGACAGUUCAGAUCCCACGCAUCGAGUAUUUGCAGUCGACAGUACCGAUACUUCGCUCACCAGGGACUUAAAAAAAGUGAAGUCAAUAAAGGCGAUACAGUUUCAUGAGUCUGGUGAGGAUUGCCGAAUGAGCCGCUACUGUAAAGUCAAUUUGACAAACAAAGGUGACCCAGUUCCUCUCCAGGCUGUGUCUUCCAUCCACAACGAGGUGUGCCUGUUUACCAGUCAGGUUCCACCAGAUUUGUGCAAGUGGGUCGCAAGCAUGAUGGCUGAGUGUCGCACAAAGCAGAGGCAUUCUUGAUGGCUGUCAGUGUUUAGUAGCUGUUUAAAGACAUUGGGAGACUGUUUAUUUAUAAGUUAUUAGUUAUAUUGGGGUCAUCUUAACAAUGAGCGUGUUGUACUAUUUUUAUUUGAAUCCCUAAUUUUUUGGUUUAAGCAUGAUAUAUUUUGAAACAAACAGGUUGACUUGCUCUAUCUUAUUUGAACUUGCAACUGAAUACAUGCAUUUGUUAUCUGAAUCUCGCCUAUUGUGAAGUUGAAUUCCUUGAUCUUUCAAUAUGUUGUCCUACGCUCCUUGAUAAGAUGGCCACAUUGUUCAUAUUUAUUACCUCGAAUAAUUGAGGAGCAAAUUUACAUUUCAGCAUUAGGUGCUAAGAGUUGUGAAAAAAAUGACUGGUUGUAUUACAGAUGUGGAUGAUGUUUUGAUGUUAAACUAAGGUCCUUGCCCGCAAAUUAUAUUAAGCUCUAGAUAUAUAUUUUGGCUAUACCAUUAAUGCAUUUAUAGCAUUCUUAAAUGUAAAAUAUCAUAUUCAUUUUUUUGUCAAUAAGUAACAUUUUUUUUAAAUAAACUUGAUUCCAAAACAAAUAUAUGAAUUGAUGAAACAAAAAUCUUGUUCAAAAAUUGUUUUAAAUCAGUAUUAAAAGAAAUCAAUUGUCAAGAUUUGAAAGCAAACUACCAUUUUGAAUACGUUUCAUGGUAAAAACACAGUUAAAUCAACCAUUCUUAUAUUAAUUCCUGCGGAAUAAGCACAUCAAACCUUAAAUCUAGAUAAUGAUGAAAGUGACAUUGUGGACUAUGCAUCUUUGUGUGUGAUAUCAUUAAACCAUUAAAGUACAUUGUUAUUUGUGUGAGCUAUUUGUUUUAUUCAUGGUUUCUGUUUUAAGGAAUAAUGCCAAACCAGAAAGGAAUAUGUGGACCAAUUAUUCUGCUGGUAUUUCAAUGCUGGUAUUGCAAAUUUCAAUGCUGGUAUUGUGAAUACCAAUGCUGGUAUUGCAAAUUUCAAUGCUGGUAUUGUGAAUACCAAUGCUGGUAUUGUACUUUCAAUGCUGGUACUGUAAAUUUCAAUACCUGUAUUGUGAAAACCAAUGCUGGUAUUGUGAAUUUCAAUGCGGGUAUUGCAAAUUUCAAUGCUGGUAUUGUGAAUACCAAUUCUGGUUUUGUGAAUUUCAAUGCUGGUAUUGUAAAUUUCAAUGCUGGUAUUGUGAAUACCAAUGCUAGUAUUGUGAUAUGAAGUUAAUUGAAGGUUCAUUUAGCAAUUCAUUAGACAUUUACAAUUUCUAUGAAAUUCCAUUUGAAUUGAUUUUAUUUAAUUUUUGAUAACCAAUUUUAAGAAAAAGAACAUGAAUAAUUAUUAUAUUCCAAAGAAGCAAGUGUUUUGAGAAAAUAGUAUAAAGAAGAUACUUUUAAACCAUAACCAUCUCAUAAAUGCGUAUGAAAUAUACUUGAUUUUAUUUGCCUGGCCAGGUAAUGGACAAAAUGUUUGCAUAUUGAGUUCAGCAGUUCAUAAUCUCAGGAAUAGUGUUUUAUUUACAUUUCCCAGAUAUUUUAAGGCUAAAUCUAAACUUUAUUGUGUUUGUCCUUUAAUAGACUUUGGUUUUUGAUUUUUGUGGAUAAAUACCGAAAUAAAUUGUCAACAAUGAAGUUAUUAUGGAUUUUGAAUAUGACUGAUUGAUGUGUUUGUUCAGAUUGUAUGGAUGAAAUAUGUAGCAUAUAAAUAACAAGCCAAUUUAACCCCAGUUUAUUUACACAUUUAAAUAGUACCUUUCAGUUGUUCAAACAACAUAAUUUUCUUCAAAAAGCUGCUAAAAGCUUUUCUUUUUGAACAUUUAGUUAACUUUUGUAUUUUCUGUUUCACCUGGGAAUUUUUAAUUGAAGGAUGAAUUAGCUUUACCUCCAGGCCUUAAGCUUCGUGUGUUAUGGCCACAACAUAUUUUUUGUUUGUUGGAUUUAAAGCCUUUUUAUUUUUAAGUUGCAAAAAAUACAUUAUUGGUUUCAAUUUUUAGCAGACAGGUUCUGUUUUUCAUCUAAUAAGCUCAAAUUAAAAUUUAGUUUGAAUGAUGCACCAUUUUUUGGCAUAUUGAAGUGCUCUUUGACAAGUACAUAGGUUGUUAUUGCACUUUGAGGGCAGAAUUGUUCAUCAUUUUCAUUCAGGUUAUAUGGAAAAAGUAAGUUUGCUUUGGCCUGCUACUGUUUUAAACCCUUAAGAAGAUUUUAUUUCUAGUUUUCCAUCCAAUUUUUCAUAGAAAAUUAGCCAAAAUCCAUAAAACAUAAUUGUUGUGGCCUAAGUGAUUUUUGCAGAAAGAUAUUUUAAUAAUUCAAGAUUAAGCAAUUUGUGUGUAUGUGUACAAAUUUAGUGAAAGUAUUUCAGAUACAUGUAUUGUUUGUCUGGUUGAAUGUCUAUGUUUCAAACAUGUAUUCUCUAUUUUUAAAGUCUUCCAUUUAUAGCUCUCCUGGUCAAAGGCCAGAAGAGCUUACGCGAUGUUGCGGUGUCCGUCAACUGUGCGUGUGUCUGUCAACAAUUGUCCAACACAAAUAAAGACAAAAAGUCUUCAGGUUUGAUAGUAUCUUAAUCAAACUUAUAUAGUACCGGAAGUUAAAUAUCAAAGAGAGCACAUCUUUUCUUAAACCCUAUUGAUGCACUCCAUAUUGACUGGACAUAUACUGUACUCCAUAUUGACUGGACAUAUACUGUACUCCAUAUUGACUGGACAUAUACUGUACUCCAUAUUGACUGGACAUAUACUGUACUCCAUAUUGACUGGACAUAUACUGUACUCCAUAUUGACUGGACAUAUACUGUACUCCAUAUUGACUGGACAUAUACUGUACUCCAUAUUGACUGGACAUAUACUGUACUCCAUAUUGACUGAACAUAUACUGUACUCCAUAUUGACUGGACAUAUACUGUACUCCAUAUUGACUGGACAUAUACUGUACUCCAUAUUGACUGGACAUAUACUGUACUCCAUAUUGACUGGACAUAUACUGUACUCCAUAUUGAUAUGGGGCAUACUUUUUUCAUUACAUUUCAAGCACAGGAACAUUGACAUUUGUUUUUGUUUUAUAUCAAUUACAUGUGGUUAUAUAUCUUAAUGGUUGAUGAAUGAGAAUGUAUGUCAUUCAAUAUUGAAGAUGGUUGUUGAUUUAUACCAAACAAAACAAUGGUUUGUAAGGUUUUUCAGGUAUAUCUAGUAGAAUCAACUUAUGUUGCUUAUAUAUGUGUAUUAGAAUAUGUUUAACACUUGUGGCUUAAACAGAAUAUCUUUUGUAAUGAUAAUGCUCAUGUGACUACUUUCAUUCCAUUUAAUUUACCAUUCCUAUGUUCAGAAUACAUUUAGUUGACUUUCUUAAUUUUACAUUCACAUGUAAUGCCAAUUAAGACCAAAUUCGUUAUACCUGUGUACAUGUGAUAUUUGUGCUAUACACUCCAAAUAGUUUUUCUUUAUCAAUAUAUGUUUGAAUUGCUACAAUUUUUCUUUUAUUCCAGGUAUUUUGUUUAUAUUCCUGUGAUCUCAUACAUGUGCAGUGUACAGUAGUAUGAUCUUGUUUUGGGGGCCACUUGUGAUUUUUGCACUUCUAGAAGUGGAACUGUUAUCAUUCAGCCAUUUCUGUGUUUCUGUUGAAUUAUUAGCAUCUCGAUCCAGUUUUAUUUUCGCUAUUCAUGUACACUCUGAAGCCUUGAAAAACCAUUUGUUGCAAUCAAUUGUUUACUUAUUUUUAUGUAAACUGUUGGAUUUUGCAUUCAUGUGUUCUAAAUACAACUUUCGGAUUUUGCAUUCAUGUGUUCUAAAUACAACUUUUGGAUUUUGCAUUCAUGUGUUCUAAAUACAACUUUUAAUUUAAAAUGUAUUUAAAUUGAUGUGAUGCCAAAUCAUAUAACAACCACCCUUGAUAAUUACCAAGACAACCAGUCAUGUAUUUCUUUGUCGAGGGUUCUUGUAUGACUGGAAAAUAUUUCCAUAAUUGUUUAACAGUGAGUAUUUAUAUCACAGUGGUUGGACAUCAUGUCAAUUGUUACCGAAAUUCAAAGUUUUUUUGUUUCAACCAUUUGCUUUAUUUGGAAAGAAUCAUAACCAUAGAAAAUGGUUACUUAGAAUGAGAAUAAGGAUUUUUGUUAAGUUGAAAGUUGUUGAAGUUGAAAUGUUGUUGUUGUUUUUUAAAUGUUUAUUCUUGUUGUAUAGCUGUUAAAUUUUUUUUUUAAAUUAAAAAAGUAAA